AGCGCGGCGCAGACGGGAAGUUGCGGCUGCCAGCGGGGCGGACUGGUCGGGUUGGAGGCCACGCGCCACCCCGAGGCUGCGUAGGCCCGGCGGAGGGAGACGCCGCGUCGUUGCCCGGGGUCGGGAGCGGCAGACCCGGAGGCACUAGGCGGACCGAAGUUUCCGGCGGGAUUGUGGGUGGAAGGCAGGCAUGGUCAGGCUCGUUUCCCUGACAGGAACACAGAGACAAGACGUGUGUCUCUCCACGUCUUUCAGCCGGUAAAAGCAGCCAAGCUGGAGCCCAAAGCCAGGUGUCCUGAAUCCCAGCGGGGGGCUCCCGGCACCAACCAUGAGCCGCCUGCUUUGGAAGAAAGUGGCCGGCUCCGCCGCCGUCGGGCCAGGGCCGGUUCCAGCUCCGAGGCGCUGGGCCUCCAGCUCCGUCUCCGUCCCCGUCCCCAGCGACGGGCGGCCGCCGCCGCCGCCGCCGCAAGUGCCGUCCUCGGAGGGCGGGCAGCUGCGGCACAACCCAUUGCACAUCCAGAUGCUGUCGAGAGGGCUUCACGAGCAAAUCUUCGGGUUCGGCGGGGAGACGCCCGGAGAGGCCGCGGUGCGCCGCAGCAUCGAGCAUCUGCAGAAGCACGGGCUGUGGGGGCAGCCAGACGCGCCCUUGCCCGACGUGGAGCUGCGCCUGCCGCCCCUCUACGGGGGCGACCUGGACCAGCACUUCCGCCUCCUGGCCCAGAAGCAGAGCCUGCCCUACCUGGAGGCGGCCAACUUGCUGUUGCAGGCCCAGCUGCCCCCCAGGCCCGCGAGCUGGGCCUGGGCGGAGGGCUGGACCCGGUACGGCCCCGCGGGGGAGGCCGAACCCGUGGCCAUCCCCGAGGAGCGGGCCCUGGUGUUCGACGUGGAGGUCUGCUUGGCAGAGGGAACGUGCCCCACGCUGGCGGUGGCCAUAUCCCCCUCGGCCUGGUAUUCCUGGUGCAGCCGGCGGCUGGUGGAAGAGCGCUACUCUUGGACCAGCCAGCUGUCGCCGGCUGACCUCAUUCCCCUGGAGGUCCCUGCCAGUGCCAGCGGCCCCGCCCAGCGCGGCUGGCAGGAGCAGCUAGUGGUGGGGCACAAUGUUUCCUUUGACCGAGCCCAUAUCAGGGAGCAGUACCUGAUCCAGGGCUCCCACAUGCGCUUCCUGGACACCAUGAGCAUGCACAUGGCCAUCUCGGGGCUGAGCAGCUUCCAGCGCAGCCUGUGGAUGGCGGCCAGGCAGGGCAAGCACAAGGCCCGGCCCAACAGCCAGCGAAGCCAGAAGCCCCGGAGCAAAGCCAACAGCCCAGCGAUCUCAUCCUGGGACUGGCUGGACAUCAGCAGUGUCAACAACCUAGCAGACGUGCACAGCCUCUACGUGGGGGGCCCCCCGCUAAAGAAGGAACCUCGCGAGCUGUUUGUCAAGGGCAGCAUGAGGGACGUCCGGGAGAACUUCCAGGACCUGAUGCAGUACUGCGCCCAGGACGUGUGGGCCACCUACGAGGUCUUCCAGCAGCAGCUGCCGCUCUUCUUGGAGAGGUGUCCCCACCCAGUGACUCUGGCUGGCAUGCUGGAGAUGGGGGUCUCCUACCUGCCUGUCAACCAGAACUGGGAGCGUUACCUGGCAGAGGCACAGAGCACCUACGAGGAGCUGCAGCGGGAGAUGAAGAAGUCGCUGAUGGACCUGGCCAACGACGCCUGCCAGCUGCUGUCCGGCGAGAGGUACAAAGAAGACCCCUGGCUCUGGGACCUGGAGUGGGAUGUGCAAGAGUUUAAGCAGAAGAAAGCAAAGAAGGUGAAGAGGAAAGAGCCGGAGGCCGCCAGCAACUUGCCCGUUGAGGCAGCUGAGGCCCCUGGAGAUCCCACGGAUCAGGAAGACCCUGGCCCCCCCAGUGAGGAGGAGGAGUCUCAGUGGGCUGUCACGGCCCGUGCUUGCUUGGAGCAGCUGAAGGGGACCACAGAGCUCCUGCCCAAGCGGCCCCAGCACCUGCCCGGACACCCUGGGUGGUACCGGAAGCUCUGUCCCCGGCUGGACGACCCUGCGUGGGCCCCAGGCCCCAGCCUCCUCAGCCUGCAGAUGCGGGUCACACCGAAACUCAUGGCGCUGACCUGGGACGGCUUCCCUCUUCACUUCUCCGAGCGGCACGGCUGGGGAUACCUGGUGCCCGGGCGGCGGGACAACCUGCCUGAGGUGCCCGCGGACUCCGCCUCAGCAUCGACUGGAGUGACCUGCCCCUACAGAGCCAUCGAGUCCCUGUACAGGAAGCACUGUCUUGAGCAGGGGAAGCAGCAGCCGGAGCCACAGGAGGCGGGCCUGGCCGAGGACUUCCUGCUCGCUGAGGAGUGGCAGAUGGUGGAAGAGCUGGGCUGCUUAGAGGUGGAGGCUGAGGCCAAGGUGGAGAACUCAGAAGUGGCGGCUCCGGCUCCAGCCCCAGCUCCGACUGGAGCUGGUGGCUCCCGAGGCAGCCAGCCUGCCUAUCACCAUGGCAACGGGCCUUACCACGAUGUGGACAUCCCCGGCUGCUGGUUCUUCAAGCUGCCUCACAAGGACGGCAACAGCUGCAACGUGGGCAGCCCCUUUGCCAAGGACUUCCUGCCCAAGAUGGAGGACGGUACCCUGCAGGCUGGCCCAGGAGGUGCCAGCGGGCCCCGUGCCCUGGAAAUCAACAAAAUGAUUUCUUUCUGGAGGAAUGCCCACAAACGUAUCAGCUCCCAGAUGGUGGUGUGGCUGCCCAGGUCGGCUCUGCCCCGUGCUGUGACCAGGCACGCAGAUUAUGACGAGGAAGGCCGCUACGGGGCCAUCCUGCCGCAGGUGGUGACCGCCGGCACCAUCACCCGCCGGGCUGUGGAGCCCACCUGGCUCACUGCCAGCAACGCCCGGCCGGACCGAGUCGGCAGUGAGCUGAAGGCCAUGGUGCAGGCCCCGCCCGGCUACGUCCUGGUGGGAGCUGACGUGGACUCGCAGGAGCUGUGGAUCGCAGCGGUGCUCGGAGAUGCCCACUUUGCCGGCAUGCACGGCUGCACGGCCUUCGGGUGGAUGACCCUGCAGGGCCGGAAGAGCAGGGGCACCGACCUGCACAGUAAGACGGCCACCACAGUGGGCAUCAGCCGUGAGCACGCCAAGAUCUUCAACUACGGCCGCAUCUAUGGGGCAGGGCAGCCCUUCGCGGAGCGCCUGCUCAUGCAGUUUAACCACCGGCUGACGCGCCAGGAGGCCGCCGAGAAGGCCCAGCAGAUGUACGCCGUCACCAAGGGCCUGCGCCGGUACCGGCUGUCAGACGAGGGCGAGUGGUUGGUGCAGCAGUUGCGCAUCCCCGUGGAGAGGACGGAGGAUGGCUGCGUCUCCCUGCAGGACUUGCGCAAGAUCCAGAGGGAAGCUUCGAAGAAGUCCCGCAGGAAGAACUGGAAGGUGGUUGCAGAACGCGCGUGGACGGGGGGCACAGAGUCAGAAAUGUUCAAUAAGCUGGAGAGCAUCGCCACAUCCGACGAGCCCCGCACCCCAGUGCUGGGCUGCCGCAUCAGCCGGGCCCUGGAGCCCUCGGUGGCCCAGGGGGAGUUCAUGACCAGCCGGGUGAACUGGGUGGUGCAGAGCUCUGCGGUGGACUACCUGCACCUCAUGCUCGUGGCCAUGAGGUGGCUGUUCGAGGAGUUUGCCAUUGACGGGCGCUUCUGCAUCAGCAUCCAUGACGAGGUCCGCUACCUGGUGCAGGAGGACGACCGCUACCGCGCUGCCCUGGCCCUGCAGGUGGCCAACCUCCUGACCAGGUGCAUGUUUGCCUACAAGCUGGGCCUGAAUGACCUGCCCCAGUCGGUCGCCUUUUUCAGUGCGGUCGACGUUGAUCGGUGCCUCAGGAAAGAAGUGACCAUGGAUUGUAAAACCCCUUCCAACCCGACCGGGAUGGAAAGGCGAUACAGGAUUCCCCAGGGGGAAGCGCUGGAUAUUUACCAGAUAAUUGAACUCACCAAAGGCUCCCUGGGAAAACGAAGCCAGCCUGGGCCGUAGCCCUGCCCGGAGGCCCCGUGUUCGCUCCCGUGGAGCUCCGUCGGCGCCGCGGGCGCCCGCACUCAGGCUCUCAGCUGUGCUUUGCUCAGCAGCAGGCCUGCCAAGAACGGCCGCCUGUGGCUGGAGGUGCAGCUGAAUUCAG